AUGUCGGCAAUCGACUACCAGAACCGUGUCGGUCACAAAACCGGCAGUGGCGCGCCAGCCACAUCUCAAGAGUGGAACCUGGAGCGGAAGGAACGGCUGCGGAGGUUGGCGUUGGAGACGAUAGAUCUGAACAAGGAUCCGUAUUUCAUGAAAAAUCACAUCGGUCACUUCGAAUGCCGACUCUGCUUGACAAUCCACGUGAACGAAGGCAGCUAUCUGGCGCAUACGCAGGGUCGGAAGCAUCAGACCAACUUGGCGAGGCGAAAGGAGAAAGAGAGGGCGGAAAGCGCGGUCGCUCCGGCUCCCGCGAAGAAGGCGCUGCUCUUCGAAAUUGAUUACCCAGAAAUCAACGAAGGCGCCAAGCCAUACCACAGAUUCAUGUCGUCGUUUGAGCAGCGCGUGGAGAGUCCGCCAGACACGAAGUAUCAGUUCCUUCUCUUCGCCGCUGACCCUUACGAGACAAUUGCCUUCAAGAUUCCAAACAUGGAGGUCGACCGAAGUGAGGGCAAGUUCUACAGCAACUGGGACGCCGAGAAAAAGGUCUACACCAUCCAGUUGUUUUUCACGAAACGGUCGGUGAAGGUGCUUCCCGCCCUACCUCAGAGGCCGACGACCUUCCUGCCAGUCACCGCGCGCUGGUGA